AUGUCGCCUUCGCUCAGCGGCCUUGGCCUGGCUUCACCGGGCCCCUCCGACGCCGAUUUAGCAGACUUUACCAGACGCUUCGAGCAAUUCCAGCUGUACGAGGAUGAAAAGGCGAAGUUCAUGACCGAAAUGAAAAAUCGUCUGCUGACUACAUAUCAGUUUAGUGACGACUUCCUCCGCGAGGGAGAGCAAGGUGGCCGCCGGGCUGCUGUCCAAUUGUUCGCCGAUAUCCACGAGUAUAUCGAGAAUGAGUGCCAAGAUAUCCCAUUCGGUUACCGCAUCGCCUGCCGCAUCUAUGCGAACGUUCGGGGGCUGGGCGACGUGCUCGUACGCAGGGGGAUUUAUGAAGACAUCAUCGAGUUUGAGGACUUCGUGCGUGGAUUCACGCGGGGAAAGACAUUGUUCGACUUUAUCGACGUCGGUGCGGGAAAAGAUCGCGCUGACGAGAAAAUCAUCGAAUUAUUCAAAUUAUACUCCCAAGAUUAUCAUUGCCGUCGGAUCUUCUUCGGGUGCUCACACGAUAAUGGCUACGCGCGAACGCUUGAGCAGUGCUCCGAUCGCCUUCAGGUGACAAACAAGGUGGUUCUCCUUGAGGGUGUUCCAUUUGAGAAGGAACUCGUCGGCCUGCCGUACCAAACGAAGAAAUUUCCAGGUCUCUUCAGGGAGACCAAGCUCGUGGUUUGGGGAUCUGGACCUACAUACGCCGCCAGUACAUACACCAACGGCCUUCCACCAGCAUUUGUUCCGGGCAGGAUCGACUCGAACGAUAGUUCUAAGGCGUCUGUAGCUUCGACAGGUCUCCCAAGCCGGUUCCCAGCCCCAUCAAAGUCCCCGAUCAUGGACAGUCCUUUGCCAAACCGAGCGGCAAUGAUGACUUUGCCUAGAACGCCUUCCACAUCAACACUGGCUUCGGACAGUACGUUCCCAGCACUCAAGCCAGAUCCACCAGCGCCGUUGCUGAACUGGGCCGCCAAGGCCGCUGCUCCGCCGCCGCCCGUCACAGAGACCCCCGUGUACAAGCCCGCGAACCGCGAAGAAGUCAUCGCACGUAACCGUGCCGGCCAACGCGUCGAUCCGCCGUGUAAGGACUACGAUAAGGCUGAGGUGGACCGCAUGAAGAAGAUCAAAUUGUGCAACGUUCAUUUCCUUCGAGCCGAAUGCCCCUACGACACCAAAUGCACCCAUCUCCAUGCGUACAAACCUACCAGCGACGAGUUGGCUACCCUCCGUCUUGUCGCCCGCAUGGCACCUUGCAGCAACGGCAGUGUUUGCCAGGAUAUUAGGUGUAUCUAUGGCCACCGCUGCCCAGCACCGCCCAACAAGAUUCACUACGCCAAGGGCACGAAGAGCUGUAUUUUCGGCGAGUCUUGCAAGUUCCCAGCGAGCUUGCAUGAUAUCGACACCAACGUGGUCAAAACCCUGGUUGUUCGCUAG